CCCAGGUCAACCUGCACACGCGAAAAGUGACAACCGCAACCAUCAGGCGGAACGCAGAUGAUCACUUUUAUUUGUGUUGAUAAUUAGCUGCAUUAGCUUUCAAACUAUAUACACUUGAUAUUUAUAUUUUAGUGGCGAGUUUAAUUCACGUAAAAUGGUGUUUUACUUCACAAGUGCCGUGGUGAACCCUCACCACACUAUCUACAUGGGAAACAAAUAUGAAAAUGAGGAUCUGAUAAAGUAUGGAUGGCCUGAAGACAUCUGGUUUCAUGUGGACAAACUGUCUUCGGCUCACGUUUAUCUGAGACUUCCAAAGGGUCAGACAAUAGAUGAUAUUCCCCCUGAGGUGCUGAUAGACUGUGCACAGCUGGUGAAAAACAACAGCAUUCAAGGCUGUAAGAUGAACAACAUCAAAGUGGUUUACACACCGUGGGCCAACCUGAAGAAAACCGGAGACAUGGACGUAGGACAGAUCGGCUUCUUUCGACAGAAAGAGGUGAAGAUUGUGGCAGUGGAGAAGAAGGUCAAUGAGAUCGUAAACCGCCUGGAGAAAACAAAAGACGAACGCUUCCCCGACCUGGCGGCAGAGAAAGAAUCGAGAGACCAAGAGGAGAGGAACGAGAAGAAAGCUCAGCUCCAAGACCAGAAGAAGAAGGAGAAAGAGGAGCAGAAGAGGAAAAAAGAAUUGGAUGAUCUCAAGAGCUACACCUCACUGAUGAAGAGUGAAAAUAUGACGACCAAUGAGGAUGGUAAUGAUUCAGACGACUUCAUGUGAAAAGGUGAAGACCUGGCCUUAAGCAGACAGAACCGCCUCCAUCACUCAGACCUGCUGUCAGGAUGCUCCCCUGCUCCCUCUGCUUGCUGCAACUCUGCAAUGACAUUGAAAGAAAAACAAAGACAAAUGGAUACCUUUUUUGCUUUUGGACACUUGGAGCAGAACCUGAGUCAAUGAGGGACAGCGCCAGGGAUUUAUUCCACAUGCUGAUUGGUGCAGAAACUGCCUAAACCAAGGGAUGGAACUGUAGAAGCUACACAGGACAACAAGAAUGCUGAGCAUAAUUAUGGGGAAAAACACUCAAAUAGCAGAACUGAUCACUGAUGUUGAUUUAUGAUAAAACUAGUGUAUGGUUGUUUUUAUAACCCUGCAAACUAUUCUGUUCACUUUCUUUAUGUGUUAUUUCUCUGCAUGUCAGAUUUUAUUCAAUGCAAUUCAAUGUAUUCGACUAACAGUUAUAGUUAUUCAUUGACAUAAUAUUCUUUUGAACCGCACCAUAAACCAGUCGAAGCCUCAAUCAUCCAACUGCAGAACCAUCUUGUGUAUGACGCCACUGAUGUCCUGAAAGAUUACAAAUUAAGGGCUGCAUCUAAAAAAUUAUUU